AUGGCCUCGAGCUCCGAGCGCAAUGCAGCCGCCUCGCCCCUCCUCCGCCUGCCCCCCGAGCUACGAAAUUCGAUCUUCGCCUACGCCCUCUACCACGAGAGAUUCAUUCUCGGUCCCCCAGACUCAUGCGGCUAUGUGGUCAAGUCGCGUGACAAGAAUUUACUCAGCCUUCUCUACGUUUGUCGUCAGAUCUAUUCCGAAACGGCAUUCCUGCCGUAUAAGCUAAACAGCUUCGAGAUCUGCCGAAGCAGUCCCGUCAGCUUAGUCGCGUUCCUCAAGCGACGGACGGCUACUCAGAUAGAGCUCAUGCAGGAUGUUAUUAGGAGAUGGAAGUACAUCAAGACGCGUUGGGAGCGCAGAUGGCUCUUCUAUAGGCAUUUCAGCCUCGAUUACAGCAUGUCGAGUCCGAAGAAGCACUCCGAGGGCGCCAAAUCUGAUCUCGCGCCUGGCACCAACCCGAUUAUCAACAAUUUUGCCAAGCGCAACGCAGACUCCCUUCUCCUUCGCCUCCCCGCCGAACUUCGCAACAACAUCUUUGCCCUUGCCCUCACUCAGGGAGAUAUCAAGUGGAACUACGGCGCCUGGCUCAAGAACAAGAACUCGGUCAACCUUCUCUACAGACUGCCCUUCUCCCCUACUCACUGA